CUGCCCGGAAGUCCAGGGGGGAGGAGUUGUUACGUAUAUCCGGCGAGUGGCUGGCGGUCCCGGGAGCUGUUGGGCUGUGUGCGCUGAGGGAGGGUCGAGGCCGCCCGCCGCCGCCGGAGGAACCUUUACCGCUGUAGUGAGCAUUAAUAAUGUCUUUCAUCUUUGAGUGGAUCUACAAUGGCUUCAGCAGUGUGCUCCAGUUUCUAGGACUCUACAAGAAAUCUGGAAAACUUGUAUUCUUGGGUUUGGACAAUGCAGGCAAAACCACUCUUCUACACAUGCUCAAAGAUGACAGAUUGGGCCAACACGUUCCAACAUUACAUCCGACAUCAGAAGAGCUGACAAUUGCUGGAAUGACUUUUACAACUUUCGAUCUUGGUGGGCACGAGCAAGCACGUCGGGUUUGGAAAAAUUAUCUCCCAGCAAUUAAUGGGAUUGUCUUUCUGGUGGAUUGUGCAGAUCAUCCUCGCCUCAUGGAAUCCAAAGUUGAGCUUAAUGCUUUAAUGACUGAUGAAACAAUAUCCAAUGUGCCAAUACUUAUUUUGGGUAACAAAAUUGACAGGACAGAUGCAAUCAGUGAAGAAAAACUCCGUGAGAUAUUUGGGCUUUAUGGACAGACCACAGGAAAGGGGAAUGUGACGCUGAAGGAGCUGAAUGCCCGUCCCAUGGAAGUGUUCAUGUGCAGUGUGCUCAAGAGGCAAGGCUACGGCGAGGGCUUCCGCUGGCUCUCCCAGUAUAUUGACUGAUGUUUGGACAGUGAAAAUAAAGAGUUUUACUUCUCUGGACUGAUCCUAUUCACAGCUUCCUCAUGAACUUUUCUAAUAGGACAAGGAAAGCUCUCCAACCAUGUCUGGUGUUGAGAAAUCAAGAGUCUCUGUCAGCUCUCUCAUCGCCCAGUGGUGACAUGUGCUCUUCUCCACACUGUUGGGAGGUAAUGCUGCCCCACGUGCUGGUGCAGGUCAGCAUCCCGGGACUUGGAAGCUGGCAGGAUUUGCCGGGGAGAGCUGUGUGCCAUCAUGGGGCACCUGAAAAGAAAAACACGUCUCACCACUGUGGUUGAUUUCAAAAGAAAGUGAUUCUAUUUUUUAAAGAAAGUGUUGUUAAUGUAAUUGGUGUCCCACCUAAUAACUAAGUUCACAAUAUACUUGGUCCAGAGUUUCCUAUACUUUUUGAAUGGCAUUUAGAUACUUCAUAAUAAAAUCAUGCACACACAUUGGAGGCCAGAGCUCAGUCAAGUAAACUUACUCUUGCUGAGCAGGUUGGUGAGAAAAGCGCUCCCGUCUCUCCACCUGCACUGUAGUAGGUGGCGCUGCCUCAUGCACAGAGAAUCUGGGAAGGGCAGAACCCUGGCCUUGCAGUUGCAGCAGUUUCCCACUGUGGUAAGCUAGGGUCGUUCCACACCACAGAGCGUGUUAAGAGCGGAUUGUUCAUGGAGAAGGGGGGUUAAUUAUGGACUCGGUUGUUGUUACUGUUAUUUUACUUAUACAGUUACACAUUUCUUUAUGUUUAUACUGCCAUAAAACUUCAUUUCUCCCUGCAGCAUCUUUUUUCAUCUGUAGUUAUAAAAGUGACUUUAACCUCAUAAGAGUUGAGAACAUCUCCCAUGUUGUCAUAUACUGCAGGUGUGUCUCAGUUACUUUUGCACAGAUUCUAGGGGAAAUUUUUCUGAAUAGGAAAGUCACAAAGUUAAUAGCUGAAGGGCUCUUAAUUCUCUGGGUUGAGAACUUAAAAGUUUGAUACUUGUGGAAUUUGAAUUGGGGAAAAAUUUACUCUGGGCUUUAAAGUUUCCAUUUGCAGAAUUUGGUCUCUUGGACAGUUUAUGAGCUCUGUUUUUUAAUUGGUAAUCAAUUUUUUUGGUAUGUAAAGGUUAAUAUCUGUAGCUUUUCCAGUUUUUUUUUUUUUUUUUGGUAUACAGUUGCCUUUCUUCAUUCCAGAAAUAAGCUGGAGAAACUCUCGUCCAAAAACUUUGUGUAAAGUAUUCCUUUUGAGCCAGUAUCACUUGUCAGUAAGGACAGUAUAAAAGCCUCAGAAUCCCCCUGUAGUAUGAUAAGGAUUAUUUUUAUAGCAUUCCUUAAUGCAUGUUUGAAAUUGGAUUUUAUGAUCUUAACCAAUAUUCUACCCUUGUAGUAAAAGAUAAAAGGAUAAGAGAUAAGAUGGGAGUAUGUCUUCAUUUUAAAUGAAGAUUAGAGGUAAUUUCCUCAAAACUGAAUUUCCUCAAAUUUGCAAAUUGUGAUGAUGGUGUUUAUUUACAGAGGAUUGAACUAAAUUCAGUGGACUCUUGCUUCUAAUGUGAGGGUAGGGGAAGUGUGGAUAACAUUCUGGGGGUGAGGGUAUCGUUCUGUAGUUGGAUGUCUCAUUGUUAGUCUUCAGUACUGACCUGUUGGGAAAACAUACUUUUUCACUGCCAGGCACCAAACGCAGAGGCUCAAUGAAGUAUAAACCUGGGAAGAGCAUGCUUUUCAUUCAUUAGCAAGCAUAGCUGGAUUAAGACAAAAUUGUUAGUUUGGAAAGGGGUUAAAUAUUAAAGCAUUAAGUGAACAAAUCUAAUGGUGGAUGAACUAGGUAGGUAAUUUGCAUACUUUUAAUUUCCUUUGGCUAAAGGUAACCCAUACUUCUUUAUCCAGAGACAUGAGAAGUAUGAUGGCUUCCGAGUUAGUUUUCUUGGUUUUGUGCUUUUUCCUAUUUGUCCCUAAUCACUUUGUAGCAGUCUAGAAAACUAGAUUCUACACAGGGCAGCUCUUUGUGAAAGUGGCUUAUUUUGGCCACUGGAGAAAGAGGAGAUUCAAAAGUCAGCUGGCACUAGCCUAUUUCUUGCCCCACAGAAAACACUGUUCCUAUAGUAAAACAGUGGAAAGAAGCUGCUGUGAGGAGCUUGGCCCCUAACAGUGAAGAUCAGAGCUUUUGUACAGAACUCCAUAAAUUGAUACUUUUCAUUCCGUUUUAUCAGAGUGCAUAUAUGUCCUAUUUCAGUCAUUUACAGAAGACAGUCAAUCUGUAUCCUAAGCAUUUUAAUAAAAAGUUAAACUUGU